ACUUUAGCUGUGUCCUAAAGAUGUAACUACUGUCAGUUUUGCUUUCAGAACUGGAUUCAGGAGGAGACAAAAUACUCUUUUACAUAGGACCAUAGGAGAGGUGGGAAAGAAAAGAGGAGACUUGGUGGAAGAACUAAUACCUUUUUUUAUGCAAAACUCUUGAUUCCUCAAGGGAAUGAGUUAAUGGAGCUCAUGCUGAGGGACAAAUCUAGGUCCAUUGGUGAUGCUGGACAGGUUGCACAUAACCUUCCUGUGUGGAAUAAGUUGAUAAGUUAUCCAUUAUAGUAGUUCAUUUGCACACACACAUUUUGUCUGAGUUCCCUGAAUCAUGAUUUCCAACUUUGAUUUCUGCCAAUCAGCAAGUGGAGCUGGUUUAAUUUUAAGUUCUGAGCAGAAUUUUUAUUUCUUGAAAUUUGAAUUGAUAAUGCAUGUAACUUUAUUGAAUUAAUCUGUGUAAGUUAAUGGAAGCUAUUACCAGAUUCUGUCCUACAUACUGGAAGAUGUUGGAAUUGUGAAUGUUAUAUACUGGUUAAACCACCAACUACAAAUUGACUUUAAAGCUAGGUCAAAUUCUAUAAGAGUUACUAGGUUAGCAGUGCUUCAGCACAUAUCUCGGAUAUUUGAUGAACAAUGAGUAAAUUAUUAUAAUUAGCCUGCUUUGUAUAAUUAUGGAAGAGAGGUUUGUUUUCUAAAUUAACAGCAGAAUGGUCGCUAGUAAUAGUUUAUUUACUUUCCUUGCUUCCUGCAGGUAUUGGUUAUCAGUUGGUGCUCAGCCUUCAGAGCCAGUUCAACACCUUCUCUUCAGAUCUGGAUUACUGCCCCCACCACCAAUGGUGGCAAUGGGACACAAAGGUGGCCCCCGCGACACACGUCCAGUUGAUCCCAUGACAGGGCGUCUCUUGGAUGUAAAGAAGCCUGCCAUUGCCAACCCAGACAAGGAUAAUGAAGAUGAUGAUGGUGCAGAUGGAGCAGCUGCUCAAUGAAACUGCUCAUCUAUCAUCUGAAACUUCCAUUUUUCUGCUGUUUCAAGGUUAUACAGGGGCUGGGAACAGGAAUUGCUGUUGUCUGUUCUUGUUAUCAGAAGAAUCAUUGAAAAUAACUCCUGUCUUCCAACAGAAAAUAGCAACCUUAGUAGGGAACUUAUGAACACCAUGAGUUGUCGUCAUAUGCAAAUUAUUUCUUUUGUUAUAAAUAUCUUUUCAUUUUCUUGAUGAGUUUCAACGAAAGUUAGAACCCCUACUUCAGGAUUGAAGUGCCAAGGGUGACUUCUCUGCUGAGAGAAUUAAAGUGAUUGUGUUUUU